CGUCGGCAGUGCAGGUGGGCCCCCGCCCUCGGCCCGGCAAGAUGCCCCUGGGGCUCCGGAGAAAGGGGAAAGCCAAGUCCAAGGAGGCCGCCCAGCUGGUGAAAGUCGAGCAGGUGGGCGCGGGCGGCGGCGGCCUCCCGGACCCCCCGCCUCCCAGACGCAAGCUGGUUUUCUACACGCAGCUGGCCCACGGCAGCGCCACCGGCCGAGUGGAGAAUUUCACCUGCAUCCAGGAGCUCUACGCCAAGAUCGCGGGAGUGUUCGGGAUCUCGGCGUCUGAGAUCUUAUAUUGUACUUUAAACACACCUAAAGUUGAUAUGGAAAAUCUCUUAGGAUCGUAUGUAGGUCUUGAAGAUUUCCUAUUUGCCCAUGUGAAAGGGAACCAAAAAGAAGUGAAUGUAUAUAAAUCUGAGGACUCACUUGGUCUCACCAUUACAGAAAAUGGAGCUGGCUAUGCUUUUAUAAAGAGAAUUAAAGAUGGUAGCCUAAUUGACGCAGUUAAAACCAUCUGUGUGGGGGAUCAUAUUGAAUCCAUAAAUGGAGAAAAUAUCACUGGGUGGCGUCAUUAUGAUGUUGCAAAAAAAUUAAAGGAAUUAAAAAAAGGUGAAUCCUUUACCUUGAAGUUAAUAGAGCCUAAGAAGGCAUUUGAAGUAGAGCCAAGGUCAAAAGCUGGAAAAUCAUCAGCAGAAAAAAUUGGUACUGGAAGAGAGACACUUCGCCUGAGAUCAAAGGGUUCUGCCUCCAUGGAAGACAUGCCCUCUGAAACCAAGACAAAAGCAAUUGAAAAGAUUGAUGAUCUUCUUGAAUUGUACAUGGGAAUUCAAGAUAUCGAUUUAGCUACCACAAUGUUUGAAGCUGGAAAGGACAAAGGUAAUCCAGAUGAAUUUGCUGAGGCCCUUGACGAAACUCUUGGAGACUUUGCGUUCCCAGAUGAAUUUGUCUUUGAUGUUUGGGGAGUCAUUGGUGAUGCAAAACGAGAAUGACGAUGACGUGGAUGAUCCGUCUCUGGAGAAAUGAACAUUCUUUUAAAAAAUAUCCACAAGAUCUGAUUUUUAGGCACUGUUACAGACUCUGGUUUGGUCUGAUGUAUAUGGAAUACAUUCUUUGAAAUACACUUUUGGUUUCUGGGUACCUUUUAAUGUGGUUCCAGAUGUGGUAUGCUUAAAAUAAAUCACCUAAAAUAUGAUCAAUUUUAAUAUUCAUUUAAGAGUCUUUUUAAAGUAAGUUUUAGGAAGUAUUUCUAGAGAGGAUUUUGCUCCGCAUAAACGUCUAUGUUUUCUUUUCUACCCACAUGCAAAUAGCUGAUUGCAAUAGCUCUGUAGCUCUUUUUAAAAAUCUUAAUGCAGGGAAAUUGGGAUUAGAGUAUGAUUUGCCUCCGAGCAUCUUCAUUUUUGUUAUACCAGCCUGAUCUAGGUGUGUUCAGGAAGUGAAGUGUGAAUUAUGCCCUCUCUGGGUCUAGAAAGCGUUUUGUUUUUUUUUUUAAUCCACUGAGUAAGGGGAGGAAGAUUCCUACAAUCUCUUGAUAUCUGUGGCCUUCUUUCUUCUUAAAGCAAGGACUGAUUUACUUAUUUAUUGUUUUGGUUCUUUGUAAUUGCUCCUUUUUAAAAACUUGUUAAAGUCUAUUAUAUUGUGUAUGUGUUUGCUUGCGUGGAAGAAGGGAGAAAAGGCAGAUAGGGUAGAAAGCACUUAAAUUUGAUUUUUUAAAAAGCAGUUCUUAAAGCAUUCUUUUUCCACUCAUACCCACUUUUAUGUUAUGCUUCAUAAGCACUCCAGGGAAGGUUUUUAUAGUCUUUGUAGAACUUUUCUUUUGAAAGAUAUUUACUCAGAAAAUAACUGUGUUUGAGAACAUUUUUUUUUUUUUUGGGUGAAAGAGCAACGUUUUAAGCCCCCUAAACUUUAGAGGAGAAAUUCAGAAAUCGAUUUCCCCCAGUGGAAAAAAAGGAGGAUGGAGGAAUUGAGAAAAUAUAUUAGUCUAUUAUUUUAGAGUUCUAACAUACUUUCUCUAAAACCUUACAUUAUUGAGAAAAUUGAGGGCAAAUGACUGUCUUAUCACUCUUACGUGACAUUUUAUGGCUGUCAGAGAAUGGAAAUGAAUGGUUUCAGCAUAGAUCAUUUAAUAAGGCAGAGCAUGGUGUGACCAAGCAUUCUCCUAAAGUGUUAGAUGGAAAAUGUUGUGUGCUGCCAUGGUAAUCAGAAAUAAUGACCCAGGAGGGCUGUAUUCCAGGAAAUCAGAAGUAGUUCCCUUUUCAUGGUGAGUUAAUGCUUCGGUAACUGUUGUUUUCCUGCGCAACUUUACUUUUGCUAACAUCCACUCCUCUUUCACAGAAGUUUAAUGCUUUGAAGCGGAUACUCUUUGUCUCAUUAAUCUGAGUCCUGUACAGAAGCCCUGUUUCAGUCAUUAAUGUGUAACUAAAGGAGUUAGAACAUGGAUUGUCUUAAUGCGCUUGCCCAUCAUUUGAAAAUGGGACCUAACUCGGGCUGUAGUUUGUUGUUAUUCAUUUCAUGGAUUUCUUUGAGAGCUCUCCAAAUAUCUAUGAAUUAUUUUUUUAAAAAUUAUUUUUAAUUUUUGGUUUUAAUUUCUAUUUUUAAGAUAUCUACCGAUUCUUAAUACCACCUCUCUUAGGAGGACACCCAAAGAGUGGAUAUUUCUGAAGAUGAGAAAGUUAAGACCCAUAGAAGCACUUUAGUUUAACAAAAAAAAAUUUCCUGGCACUAGAUGUUAGAUUUGAAAUGAAGAGUCAUUGUUUAUUGUUGAUGAAUGUCUUUUUCCUCCUUCAUUUUUGGGCAUGCAGGAAGAUUGACACGGAUUCUGUGUGAUUUAUGGAAUCUCAUAUUCACAAAGUGAAUUGUGCUCACCAUGAUUUUUCUAGAAUCUCAACAUGUAAGGUACCAGGGUCCAUGUACAGUGGUAACUCUGCUUGCCUGUUAGGGUUAAAUGGUAGUUAUCAUCAUUCAGGGCUUCAGCUGGGCACAGGUUCUUUAAUCCUAAUAGGUUUUUCCUUGAAAUGUCUUUCUCUCUCACCUCUGUUGCUAAGCUGAUAACAAGGUCAGUUUCUUUGUAUUAUUUUGUUCCCUUCCCUGAAAAUAUAUCUGUUUGUGAACUUCCUGCCGUUCGGUAACUCUCGGUGCACAAAAAGAACAAGGUUUCAUUUUAGUUGUCACCGUCUACAGUGUGGGCUACCCUUCUACCCUUCUGCUACAAGGAGACAAGACUAUUUUCUUUUUUCAUUAAACAUGCUAUUUCAUCGAUACCAGUAAAACAUUUCCAGAAGGCCUCUGUUGUUUUAUUUUGUUAUUUGUUAUUUUUAUUCGUUAUUUUGUUUUUUUUUCCCCCAGUAGAGCAAGACUAUUUUAUUUUUGAUUUCCCUCCAUGCAAAAUUGCAUUUUUCAGGGGCCGCUAAGAGCACACUGUGUGUUCUCUGCGGCAGAGUAUGUAGGUGGGGACCGAUUGUUGGGCUCAAUGGGGCCUUGAACAUAACUUGCUCCUGAUCAAGUAUACACAUUCUGGUGAUUCCAAAUAGGUAUAUUUUGGGUUUCUGUGAUGUUUCAAAAAUAUAUAAUUACAUGAUGUGAAACUUCUUAAGAAUUCAAUUAUAAAAGCACUAAUCAGUUAACCUUUACUUAGGGCCUCUGUAUCCAAUAUUGUAAUGUUAACAGGUAAUUAAAGGUAACUUAAUUUUUCCAAAUGACUAUUUUGCUGUAUUUCCCCCAUAUCUUUAACAAAUAGAGAUUUUUUCCAAGUAAAGCACACUUUCUUUAGGUCCACAUUAUUGCUAGACCUUCGUCAGGUCUAGAGAAAGCCUUCCUGGCAUCCUUUAGUUAUCGUUGCCUCUCUAGCAGAGUUGCAAAAUGAAUGUCAUCUGCAAAUAGAGUUUUCAAAAUAAUGGUUCUUCUAAAUAGGGCACAGUUCUCUGCCAAAGAUGUAAAAGAUCGAUCAUAUAAUGACCCUUUCACCCUCUGAUAUAACUAGCAAUAUAUGAAUACUGAUAGCAUUGUUAUUAUUUUGGUGGAAGUAAUGGGUUAGAAGGACCGUUCGGUGUUCUACCUAAGCUAUGAGUGAAUAAAAAGGAGAUGCUGUUCAGCAUCUAAAGCUGAACUAAUGCAAGAACUAAUGCUUUGUGUAAAAUGUACAUUUAUUAUCUUCUUGAUACAGAUUGAAAGGGACAUCAGAGUAAUUACAAGUCCUUAUGCAUGUCAUGGUUAUAAAAUGUUUCUAAGAUUUUGAAGUGUACAAAUGGCACAAUCUGUCCCCACCUUUUACCUGAAAACCUAGUUCUAAGAAAAGAUUCAUGGUUAUUAUCUGCUGGGAGGGUGAAAAUCGCAUAUGACAUCCUUAUCUCAAUUUGAGAUGUUAAGCUUCUAUAAAACUUAAGUAUAGCCACAGAUAUUUUUUAAAGCCAUAACAAAAAGAAAACAAAUUUUCUAAUAGUUUUAAAUAUUUUAUAUUUUGAACUAUUUGUGUCAUGCAAUGGUAUUGACUCUAUGCAGGUAAAAUAUUCUAUGUUUUGGGAGGAAAAAAACUUCUGUCUUUUGUAAAAAUCAUAGCAUAUACUUUAAAAUGUUUUUGAGAUUGAAUUUUGGAAAUUUAUUAAUUUGCAAAAUUACAAAACAUUUUACUUAAAACAUUACUGUAUAUCUACUUAUAGAUUGUACAAAUGUUUAUGUAUUGAUCAAACAGUGAAUUAUUAUAGGGGCAUAAUUUAUAAUAUUUAAAAUAUAACUCCUUAAAAUAACCUUUUCAUGAAAAAAAUGAUGAAUGUUUUUAUGAAAAAAAUAUUAGGAGUUUUAAAUGUUUGACUUCUUAGUUUUGUUUAAAUAAAUGAUUCACAGAUAACACAA